AUGAAUUUAUUAGAUUUGGAGGAAUAUAAACGAAAUUUUGCAGAGUAUGGCUCGGAUGAUGAUGAUUUAAGUGAUUGGUCCGAUGAUGAGGAAUUGGAUUCGAAACAAGCAAGAAAAACCAAAACCACCAAUAAUAAUGAUAUUCUUGAUGAUAAUGUAGUGUUUCAUAUGGAUACGAUGUGUAAUAUUACAGAUAUCUUUAGUAGUAAUAAUAGAAUGGAAGAUCGUCAUCAAAUAUUACACAAUGAUGAUCAUGGAAUGUUUGAUGACGACGAUGAUUUUAUGAAUGAUGAUUUCAAUACAACCAAUGAAAAAUCGGAAGAUUUAUUCUAUACUAUCAAUUUUGAUCCAAACAAACUCAUCACUUGCCAUUUACCAUUUACUCACUUUCCUCAUGGACAUUUAUUUGAGCAUUAUACUCUCUUUAAAAUUACACAAACUCCUCCUAUUGGAAAUAUUAGGGUAAUUACACCUUGUACAAAAGUUAUUAGACAAAAUGAUCUGAUACGCGAAAUAUUCAACAUGUUGAGAGGAUUUCAGGGAACUAUAUUUAAAAUUGUGAAUGAUAAUUUUGAGCUUUCUGAUAGGGAGCUUUCUGUUUCUUUCCUCUCUAGGACAGCUCUACAUAAUUCCUUAAAUUAUUUUAUUAAGAUAGGUAACAAGCUGAGGAAAAUGCAUUCGACUGCAACAAGAUCGAUACGCCUUGUAAAAAGCACAAUUAUUCAAUCUUGCUACUCAUCAAUAUUACAAAUAAUAGAGAAAAUCAGAGACGAUUUAUCGGAAAUGGAGAAGAGUAAUCAAAUGGGAAAGAGAUUUGGAGAUACACACAAUCUUUCUCUCCUCUCCCUUAGGACAAAUCUUUUUGUUUUUGAACAAAAAAUUCAUACACUCAGAAAACUGGAUGAAGAAAUUGAGGAAAUCUUAGAUAGAGAGGAUUCACAGAGUAAUUUAAUGUCAGAUUUAAUUUCUCACUUUUAUGAAAAAGUUCUCACGAGACAAUAUAUUUCCAUGGAGAGCAACAAUGAUGAGUAUGAUUAUUCAUUGCAAAUAUUGAUGGCUAUUCUAAAGCCAUACCUUUCCAUUACAGACAGCUGGAUAUUCGAAGGGACCUUGCAGGACCAACACAAUGAAUUUCUUCUCAAGAGGAAUGAGUUGGUGGAUAUUGGAACACCUCUCUUCUGGAGUGAGGGAUUUACUGAAUCUAAGGUCUGUUCCCUGCUCUCAAAAAUUAAGGACAAGAUUAGUGCAACAGGUAAAUCCAUCAUUAUUGUGCGGGAUAUUGAGCAAAAGUAUGAAAUUGCUGCCAAUAACAGUUCUAUUGGUGAUUAUCUACUAGAAAAGGAGAAACCCUCACUCUUUAAUCUACUUUCUUCUUCGAUGGGUUUAGAGAAUGAUGAACAUCACUCACCCUUUGAUGAUGACGAGUCAAUAAUCAUUUCUCCACUGAAACCUCUCAAUUCCUUUAGGUCCUCGCCAUCAUCCUCAAAGAAGAGAGAAAAUCAAUCUGCAGGCUCUUCUUCAAACAACAUCAGACAAACCACACUUGCUCCCAUUGGAUCUUUACACUCUCUGAGAUCACCACCAAAGAAAAAACGAAUGAUAUCACUUUUAGAAAAGGAAGACUUGUACAGUAAUGCACUUCCAGCUGACAAUAGCACCAAUCAACAAGAACUCUUGUUCUUUGACUUUUCUAAGGAGCACAAAAUAACAAAUCAAGACAAGCUAACCUCAAUUUUCAAGAAGAAGAGUCUCAUGGAUGUACUUGAAUUUUCAUCAGAGAAUAGUCAAAAAUUACAAACUCUACCAUUGGAAAUAAUAUUUAACGUUGGACUAUCAAGCCACAUAGAGGAGCAAUAUCAUAGAGUAUCUCCCUAUCUUUGUGAUUUAUUGGUCAAUAGAUGCAAGUUACUGGACCAUCUGACAGCAAUAAGAGCAUUCUACUUGAUGGAGGCUGGUGACAUUAUGGACUAUUUUGCCACCAAAUUAUUUAAUUUAUCUGAUAGAUUUUUCCAAUUUGAUUUUAGAGGAAUUACAACAUUUGAUCUUCAGGUUAUUCUCAAAGAUGCACUUCGUUUAGGAAUGGAAUUUCCAAGGAGGUAUUCUUUUGCUACCGAAAACUCAACCUCUGUCUACACUACUGAUAUUUUCACUUCUCUGAAAUUGGAUGAAAUAAUUUCGGUUCACUUUGAUGAUGGAAGUAUCAAGCAUGAGGAAAAUAACUUUUUUGAUGCAGUCACUUUUAAUUAUGAAUUAGAGUGGCCUUUAAAUCUGAUUAUUUCAGCUCAACACAUACAGAGCUAUAAUGAGGUUUUAGUUUUCAAUCUCAAACUAAAACAAGCUAAACAAGGUUCGUUUUUAAUAUUUUAA